AUGAAAGCUGGCUUUCGAGGAGCAGGACUAAUACCAUUUGAUCCUCAAGCUGUGCUUUCGAAAUUAGAUAUUCGAAUUCGCACACCUACCCCUCCAUCGAUCCUUUUGGAAUCUGCCAACUCUUGGGUCUCUCAAACACCUCACAAUCCAACUGAAGCUCUUUUACAAUCAACUUUAGUGAAAUCUCGAAUUGCUCGACAUCAAUCAAGCUCUCCUACACCUAUAUUCGAAACUGUAGUUGCAUUAGCUAAGGGUACAGAACGACUAGCUCAUGAGAAUACACUCUUAAGUGCAGAGAUUCGUAUGCUUCGGAAGGCAAAUGAGGCAUUAAGCAAACGUCGACACGUUAAAAAAACUCAAUUACGUCAAGGAGGAGUACUUACUGGUCAGGAAGCUAUAGAUAUAAUAUCACAACAAGAGGUGGAUAUUCAGAUUCGACGCGACGAGCGUCAAAAUAGGGGAAAUUCCAAUGGGGAAUCAUCUACUAAUCGAUGCUGUAGUAAAUGUGGAAAGACUGGUCACAAUUCAAGAACUUGUUCUAAUAAUAUAAUAGACCCUAGAUUAUUAGAUUCUUAA